ACUCUUUUGAAAAGGUGGGGCAAGUAAUCUCAGGUUUAAUGGACCAGUAUUUGUUGGUGCAACCCCGCCAUCUCUGGUCGCGUGGAGUGAAAGAAAAGAAACAGCAACGUCCAAGGUAGAGACAGUUUCAAGGAGGACAUCUUAAAGGAGCACCUUCCAGUCUUACAAUUGUCAAGCUUCAGCUUUUGAAAUUCUUGUCUGGACCAGUCUUGAAAUCUUCGCAUUUACUGCGGUUGUCUAUUACCUUCGUUCAACAUGUCUAUGAACGUAGCCGAGUGUGCCCCAAUCCGUGAGGGAUUUCCUCGCCCGUUCCCAAACACGCCAACAAAUGUAUUGGCGCAGAUGCGUCUGAGCGGAAAGGUUGUCGUUAUCACAGGAGCUGCAGAUGGUAUCGGCUACGCAGUGGCUGAAGCCAUGGCUGAGGCUAAUGCCGAUAUUGCCAUGUGGUACAACUCCAAUGAUGCAGCCGUCGGGAAAGCGCAGGGUCUGGCAUCUACUCAUGGGAUCAGAGCUACGGCUUACAAGGUCGACGUUUCGGAUGCGGAUGCCGUUCAGCAAGCAAUUGCAGAUGUCGCCAAAGACUUUGGCAAGAUUGACGUGUUUAUUGCAAAUGCUGGAAUGGCUAUUUCUAAGCCCCUCCUGGAGCAGACACUGGAAGAAUAUCGGAAGCAGAUGUCGGUCAAUGUUGAUGGCGUUCUCUACUGCGCCAAAUAUGUUGGAGAGGUGUUCAAACAACAAGGCUUUGGUAAUCUGAUCAUCACCUCUAGCAUGAGUGGUCACAUUGUUAAUGUGCCCGUUGAUCAACCCGUCUACAAUGGCAGCAAGGCCUUCGUCACGCACCUUGGGAAAUCGCUUGCUCGCGAGUGGAGAGAGUUCGCCCGCGUCAACAUUGUCUCUCCUGGCUUUUUCGAUACCAAGAUGGGUGCCAGUCCACAGACGGUCAACGAGGCCUAUCGGAUGGCGCCGCUGGGAAGGCAGGGCCAUGUAAAGGAAAUUAAGGGGUUGUAUCUGUAUCUUGCCAGUGAUGCGUCGACAUACAUGACUGGCAGUGAUGUCCUCAUUGACGGUGGAUACGUCCUACCAUGAGCUACACAUGAUGCCAUUUCGCUGCUAGUAUUGACGGUUCAUACAUCACUACAUAGGAUGCCUCGUGAUAGACUAGCAGGUGCUCCUCAGUGUUUGAUAUAUAUAUUGUUGGCUGGACCACCAUGAUUCGAAUGACAGAAGCACAUCAGCCUGAUGACUCCUCACAUUAAUUGAGCUAUAGCAGAG